AAACUCGGAACGUGUUUCACUUCUAUACAUACAAUCAUUCAUACUGCAACCCUCUCUACGCGCACAGCCCAUUUUCUCCUAUUCUACUACCUGCGCAAUGGAUCGCAGCUUAGAUGACAUUGUUUCUGAGCGCCAUCAGAACAAAGACUCUCGAGGACCAAGACGCGGUGGCCGUCGCAACGAUAGAACUGAAUAUCCUCGAGAUGGCAUAAGAAAGUCGAUACGAGACGAACCUAGAGAUCUUGAUUCUGAAUGGGUACACGACAAAUACAACGAUAAUACAUCGAGCAAUGCCGGACGCCCAAGACGAUACUCCCCAGACCGCGAGAGAGCAUACGCACCAGCAAGCUCGAAAUUACGUGUCGACAACGUGCACUACGACCUGACGGAAAGCGAUCUCGAUGGCCUUUUCAAUCGCAUUGGCCCGGUUGCGAAAUUGGAGCUCGUUUACGAUCGUGCAGGCCGAUCCGAGGGCAUUGCUUACGUGACCUAUGAGUCCGCUCGUGAUGCUAGCGCCGCAGUUCGAGAGUAUGAUGGCGCAAAUGCGAAUGGUCAACCCAUCCGUCUGGUAGCAGUGCCAUCUGGACCUGGUGGUGGCGGCAGACGUAACCCGUUCGACAGCGCCGUACUCCCUCCUCGUUCGUUGGCAGACCGUAUCACCAGAGCGGCAGGCUCGCGCGAUCGCUCUUAUUCGCCAGUCCGCCACUCUGAUGUCAGCGGCCCUCCUCCACCAAAUGUCGACAGAUAUGUCCCUGGACGAGACCGUUCGUCUCGCAGCCCGAUGACACGCCGUCGUGAUGGCCGCCCACCCGGAGCCAGAAGGGAAAGGGGGGACCGUUCUGACAGAGGAGACAGCCGCCGUGAGGCCGGUGGGAGGUCAGCACGUCGUCCUAAGAAGACCCAGGAGGAGCUCGAUGCUGAGAUGGAAGACUACUGGGGAGGCGGAGCGAAGGAGAAUGGUGCUGACAAGCCAUCUGGGGCUGCUGCGCCGGCUGCUUCUGCCAACACCACGGGAGAUAUUGAAAUGGCAGAAUAGAUGCUUGGUAGCUGUGAAUCCUGGUCGGUGUGUUGGUUGUUAUCACUCCAGGUUAUGCUGAGUUCGUUUCUACUCGGGGGUUUGUCCGGUAGUCAUAGGUAGCUCGUGGGUUUGAAUUAGGUUGCAAAUAAGUGUAGUGUAGAAUGGCAUUAAAGUUGUUAAUCAAGAU